CUCCGCCUCUAACAGUGUCCGGCUGAACGGGCAGGGCGGAGGUUUCAGUUUGGAAUUUCUAUUUCAGUCGACCGGAUAAAGACAAAUUGAAGAGUUUGGUUUAAAUGUUGAGUUUUCGUUGGAGUUUUACUUUUUUAAAGCCACAUCGCGGACUGUUUGUGGCUCGUUUGGAGGUUUGAAGUCGAAGGGAGGCGGCGCAGCGCUCGGCAGCCAUCUUUAGACCUGCCUGGGACCCCACUUACUUCCAAGGGUGGGGAUUUGAAUUUACAACUAUCUAUAAAUCUGUUUGAUGAACUCGACUGACAGUGUGAAGGAUCUCGAGGAUUUCGCGGAAUGAGCCACUUUAUUGGGAAUGCUUGCGGCAGGAGACUUUAGUUUUGCCAAACUGCGCUGAAAGCUGGCCUGUCACUGGAGGCUUUGAACACAUAUGAGACUACUGUCCUGCAGAUGAGCCAUCGGUGGGGGCUCUUAAGUCGCUGUCGCAGACCCAGAUAGUUACUGGCGGCAGCGGCAUUGCCCCCCCCCCUCCCCAACGCCACAUUAUGCCCAACAGCAGCCGGGCAGGGAGCGUGAAGGACCCUGAAAUUGCAGAACUCUUUUUCAAGGAUGACCCAGAGAAGCUCUUCACAGAUCUGCGUGAGAUCGGACAUGGCAGCUUUGGUGCAGUGUAUUUUGCACAGGAUGUGCGGACAAAUGAGGUGGUAGCCAUCAAGAAGAUGUCCUACAGCGGGAAGCAGUCCAGUGAGAAAUGGCAGGACAUAAUCAAGGAGGUGAAAUUCCUGCAGCGAGUACAACACCCAAACAGCAUCGAGUACAAAGGAUGUUACCUGCGAGAGCACACAGCCUGGUUAGUGAUGGAAUAUUGUCUUGGUUCUGCUUCAGAUUUAUUGGAAGUUCACAAGAAACCUUUACAAGAAGUGGAAAUUGCUGCAAUUACCCAUGGUGCUCUUCAAGGGCUGGCUUACCUUCACUCCCACAACAUGAUUCACCGAGAUAUCAAAGCAGGAAACAUCUUGCUGACAGAGCCAGGGCAGGUCAAACUGGCCGAUUUUGGUUCUGCUUCCAUUGCCUGUCCUGCCAAUUCCUUUGUCGGGACGCCAUACUGGAUGUCCCCUGAAGUAAUCUUGGCCAUGGAUGAGGGUCAGUAUGAUGGAAAGGUGGAUAUUUGGUCUUUGGGAAUAACCUGUAUUGAAUUAGCUGAGAGGAAGCCUCCACUGUUCAAUAUGAAUGCAAUGAGUGCCUUAUACCAUAUAGCACAAAAUGAGAGCCCAAUGCUGCAGUCAAGUGAAUGGACAGAUUAUUUCCGAAAUUUUGUAGAUUCUUGCCUUCAGAAGUUUCCCCAGGAUAGGCCAAACUCCGAGGAGCGUUUGAAGCAUGCAUUUGUUCAGCGUGAGCGACCAGAAUCAGUUCUAAUAGACCUGAUAAUGAGGACGAAAGAUGCCGUACGGGAGCUGGACAACUUACAGUAUCGUAAAAUGAAAAAGAUCUUAUUUCAGGAGGCCCGCAACGGCCCUACAGCAGAGGCGCAGGAUGAAGAUGAGGAGCCAGAACACAGUGUGAGUAGGACGGGUACAGUGAACAGUGUGGGCAGCAGCCAGUCCAUCCCCAGUAUGUCCAUCAGCGCCAGUUCUCAGAGCAGCUCAGUCAACAGUCUGACAGAUGCUGGUGAUGACAAGAGUGAGUUGGACAUGGAGGGCGGCCACACCGUAAUGUCCAACAGCUCCGUCAUACAUGUCAAACCGGAGGAACAGGUGAACCACGAAGAGGUGGACCCUCAUACCAGGCAGACUGAAACGCAGUCUCCCCCAGGCCAAACUCCACGGCCAAAACGGAACCGUGAACACUUUGCCACCAUACGCACAGCCUCUCUGGUCACUCGCCAGAUGAAGGAACAUGAGCAGGAUUCUGAGUUAAGGGAGCAGAUGUCAGGCUACAAGCGCAUGCGGAGGCAGCACCAGAAACAGCUGAUGGCUCUGGAAAACAAACUGAAGUCUGAGAUGGACGAACACCGACUGCGCCUGGACAAAGAACUGGAGAGUCAGAGGAAUAGCUUUGCACAGGAGCUGGAGAAACUGGUCAAGAAGCAUCAGGCAUCCAUGGAGAAAGAUGCGAAAAUAUUUAACAAUGAUGAAAAGAAAUUCCAGCAGCAUAUUCAGAGCCAGCAGAAGAAAGAACUCAAUAGUUUCCUCGAAUCACAGAAGCGAGAGUACAAACUCCGUAAGGAGCAACUUAAAGAGGAAUUGAAUGAAAACCAGUCAACACCCAAGAAGGAGAAGCAGGAGUGGCUAUCCAAGCAGAAAGAGAACUUCCAGCACUACCAGGCAGAGGAAGAGGCCAACCUGCAGCGCAGACAAAGGCAGUACUUGGAGCUGGAGUGCCGCAGGUUCAAGCGAAGGAUCUUGGUUGCCCGCCACAAUAUUGAACAGGACUUAGUGCGUGAGGAGCUCAACAAACGGCAGACCCAGAAGGACUUGGAACAUGCAAUGCUUCUGAGACACCACGAGUCCAUGCAAGACCGGGAGAUCCGCCAGCUCAACACCAUCCAAUUGACACGAGCAGAACUGAUCCGCCUGCAGCAUCAGACAGAGUUGACCAAUCAGCAGGAGUACAACAAAAGGAGAGACAGAGAACUUCGACGUAAACAUGUUAUGGAGCUUCGUCAACAACCAAAGAGCCUCAAGUCCAAAGAGGUCCAGAUCAAGAAGCAGUUCCAGGACACCUGUAAGAUUCAGACCAGACAGUACAAAGCACUGAGGAACCAUCUGCUGGAGACCACUCCAAAGUCUGAACACAAGGCCGUCCUGAAGCGCCUGAAACAGGAGCAGCACCGCAAACUGGCCAUCUUGGCAGAGCAGUAUGACCACUCUAUCAGUGAGAUGCUUUCCACUCAGGUGCUACGCCUGGAUGAAGCUCAGGAGUCUCAGUGCAAGAUCCUACGAAUGCAGCUGCUGCAAGAGCUAGAGCUUCUCAAUGCCUAUCAGAGCAAGAUCAAGAUGCAGACAGAAGCACAGCAAGAGCGCGAGAGGAAGGACUUGGAGCAGCGGGUGUCCCUCAGGAGGGCGUUACUGGAACAGAAGAUCGAAGAGGAGAUGAUGUCCCUACAGAACGAGCGCCUGGAGCGAAUUCGGAGUCUGCUGGAACGUCAAGCUCACGAGAUGGAAGCUUUUGACUCGGAGAGCAUGCGUCUGGGCUUCAGCAACAUGGUACUGUCGAGCUUCUCUCCAGAGGCCCAUGGGAACAGCUUUUCCGGCACUCCGGGAAGUUGGAGUCAACACCAGCAACAGCACCCAGCUGGCUCUCAGGGAGCGCAUUGGGGUAGUGUUGGUUCCAGGGUGGGGUCGAGUCACCAAAGCAGCCAUUCUUAUUACCACUCCAGCCACGGAGGGUCACCUAUGCAGCAAGUCUGGGGGCAAGACGGCCCUCAGCCGUGGGUCCAUCCAUCGGCGGGAGCGCUGGCCUCCCGCAAUAGUGCAGUUGUACAGAACAGCCCCCAAGCAGUGGGGAGGACAGCCACAGGAGGGCGCAGUGAGCAAGGCAUGAGCAGGAGUACCAGUGUCACCUCUCAGAUGUCUAACGGGUCACAUCUUUCAUUCACAUAGAUUGUCUAUCCACCCUGCAGCGUGAGCGUGGUGACGUAGAAUCUGCUACACUUUCCCUGCGACUCUCCUGUGUACAGACGUGUGAUUCAACAACUGUUGCUCAGGUCAAUAUGGCUGGAAGAGGUGCAGCGCCUCUUCACAGCAGUUUACCGGCACACAUGCAGAUCCUUUUAAGCAGUUUGAGUCUCAGUAUGUAAUACACUAUGUUUAUGGGUUUUUGUUUUUAAAGCAUCUACAGAAAUAUUGUCCGCAGUCCACCACCGCUGCUCUCAUCUUGCACCUGAAAUGGUCAAAAAGCCUUUGAUGUGCUUUAGCUGCAGUCCCAGUGUGAAAUAUAGGCACCCCUUAGCUUUACCUUCAGAAUUUAAGUUACAUUCAGAAAUCAAUGCAAAUAAACAAAUGCCAUAUCAUCAGAAUAUUUAAUAAUGUCCAAAGUUAGUAAACAAGAAAACAAUGCAGCCCUCUGGUGGGCUGUGAAGGUACUGUAGGUGGGUGGUGGGAAAUUAUUAAAAAUAAAUAAGUCCUUUCAUUUUAAAUUUUGUAAUAAAGCUUCAAACUACCCAAAAAUGUUUAAUUAAUUUUUAAAAAUAUAAUUAUUGAAACACAAACAUGAUAUUUAAAUGUCAAAGUUGUGAUUAAAGGUUUGGGUGGGCUGCAGAAUUCUUAAAUUUGGGAAUAGCUGAGUGAAUUAAAAAUAGAGGUAAGUGUAAAUGUGACAGUUUUUGAAUUUACAGAAAAUCAUCCCUUUCACAGCCAGCUUCCUUUUGACAAGUCUGAAUGGAUGCGUGAAGUUUUCCAAGUCACUGAAUGUGCCUUGGAAUUUAUCAGUCUGUAGGAAAUACCACCAGUAUGGAACUGUGUGGUAAACCUAUGUGGAGUAGGCAGACUUCAGAAAUUUACUGACGAGUGAAGGAAGCCGCCAAAACACCCUUGACAACUCUGAGUUAUUGGAUUGGGGAAACUGCCUAAAUCUGAGCUCCAGUUUGCCUGAAAACAAAUGGGAGACUUGCAUUUGAUUUUGCUUUUAAUGGUCCUCUUUGCUUAUCCAUCAUAAAUCUGUGUAAGUGGUGAUGCAACAGAGAAAAAGUGCACACUUCAUUCAGUCAUAUCACAGCCACAGAAGUCCAGAACUCUUUCUGAUGUGUCUUGGUGACUUCCCUCACUAUUCUCCUUGUUGAGUGCUCACUAAGUUUUUGAGAACUGCCUACUGUGUAGUGUUUUUUU